CCCCGCUCCCGCUCCAGCGCCGCGGCCCCCGCCCCGACCGCCCCCGCCGCCGCCGCUGCUGCCGCCGCUCCUGCCGCCGCUCCGCCGGCCCGCCGCCCGCCCGCCUCUGGCCGCGGCGCUGCCCGCCGCCCGCCGCGCCGGAGCCCGCGGCGCGCCGCCCAUGCGAGACCCCCGCGGCCCGGGCAGCGCGCAGCGACCCCCGGCCGGGCCAGGCAUGUGAAGAUGUCAGUGGGCUGUGCAUGCCCUGGCUGUUCCUCUAAGUCAUUCAAGCUGUACUCGCCAAAGGAGCCCCCGAACGGCAACGCCUUCCCCCCCUUCCACCCAGGCACCAUGCUGGAUCGAGAUGUGGGACCUACUCCUAUGUACCCACCGACGUACCUGGAGCCUGGAAUCGGGAGGCACACGCCGUACGGGAACCAGACCGACUACAGGAUAUUUGAGCUCAACAAGCGGCUGCAGAACUGGACAGAGGAAUGUGACAAUCUGUGGUGGGAUGCAUUCACCACAGAGUUCUUUGAGGAUGAUGCCAUGUUAACAAUCACUUUCUGCUUGGAGGAUGGACCAAAGAGAUACACGAUUGGCCGGACUCUGAUUCCCCGUUACUUCCGCAGCAUCUUUGAGGGGGGAGCCACAGAGCUGUACUACGUGCUCAAGCACCCCAAGGAAUCCUUCCACAACAACUUCGUCUCGCUGGACUGUGACCAGUGCACCAUGGUCACCCAGCACGGCAAGCCCAUGUUCACCCAGGUGUGUGUGGAGGGGCGGCUCUACCUGGAGUUCAUGUUUGAUGACAUGAUGAGGAUAAAGACGUGGCAUUUCAGCAUCCGCCAGCAUCGAGAACUUAUUCCCCGCAGCAUCCUUGCCAUGCAUGCACAGGAUCCACAAAUGCUGGACCAGUUAUCCAAGAACAUCACACGCUGUGGGCUCUCAAACUCCACACUCAACUACCUCCGACUCUGUGUAAUCCUAGAACCAAUGCAGGAGCUCAUGUCACGGCACAAGACCUACAGCCUCAGUCCCCGGGACUGCCUCAAGACUUGCCUCUUCCAGAAGUGGCAGCGGAUGGUCGCUCCGCCCGCUGAGCCAGCACGGCAGCAGCCCAGCAAGCGCCGGAAAAGGAAGAUGUCAGGGGGCAGCACCAUGAGCUCUGGUGGGGGAAACACCAACAACAGCAACAGCAAGAAGAAGAGCCCAGCCAGCACCUUUGCCCUGUCCAGUCAGGUACCUGAUGUGAUGGUGGUAGGCGAGCCCACGCUGAUGGGGGGGGAGUUUGGGGACGAGGACGAGCGCCUCAUCACCCGGCUGGAGAACACGCAGUUUGACGCCGCCAACGGCAUCGACGACGAGGACAGCUUCAACAACUCGCCGGCGCUGGGGGCCAACAGCCCCUGGAACAGCAAACCGCCCUCCAGCCAGGAGAGCAAGUCAGAGAACCCCACGUCGCAGGCGUCGCAGUAACGGCCCCCCCGCCGCCCCGUGGACUCAGUCCCAACCAAUCUACCUGUACAUUUGCAACGGAGAGUGACUGGGGAGCGGCGAGGUACCGGGGGCGGAUCGGCGCCACGUGAAUGACGGGGUGCACAGCAGGCAG